AUGUCCAAAUCAUUUGAGGACCAACUCUUGCGCGAAGUCAAUGAGAAUGUAUUGAAACGUUUCGGUCGUUUCGUGGAUCACUUCAACCGCGAGUUGUCUUCAAUGCAUAACUUGAAUGUCUCGCAAAUCAAGUCAUCGAUUGAAGUGCCCUUUGAUUGGCCGCCCAUUGACUGCAUGGACGUGAAGGAGAGGACAGACCUCUUCGAGUUGGUCCAGACGUGCGAUGCAUAUUGGCCGCCCAUUGACUGCAUGGACGUGAAGGAGAGGACAGACCUCUUCGAGUUGGUCCAGACGUGCGGUAAUAUGCAGUUGAAUAAAGUGGUGCUCGUCUUCGCACAACUCACUCAAGAGAUGCAAUACAUGUGUCAAUCGGGUGCCCAACGAUUCUGCGACCCUCUGGUCCUCUACGGCGAGCCCAUCGGCGACCCCAACGCCGAAGACUUGUCAUCGAUCGCCAAAUUCCUGCCACUCCUUCACGACUUGUCCUCUUAUGUGAGCUAUUGUUUGAAAGUUGUAUCAAAUGUUGUCCAACAGAUGAACGCUUUGAUACAUAUAUCUAAUAUACCGGUGAAGAAGGGCUCACAAAACAAUUAUAAAGAACUCAUUCCAGACUUCGGCGCAAACAUUAGGUUUGAUGCCGUGUUUGAGGGGAUGUCCGACUUAGCGGUCACUCUAAUCAAUUUGGACGAAAUUAUCGCAAAUCAAAUGAAUCUCAAACGAGAUUUUGUUAAUUAUAAGCGAAUCAUUGAAUUAGUUUCGGCCAAUUCGGCCAAAUUCGAUGUCGGCAAUGAGACAAUCAAAGUGAAGAUUUUGUUCAAACUUAUAGAUAGGAUAGAGAAACAGCUCAUCGAUGGUGAGGGUAUCUUCAAGGCCUAUAUCGAUGCCAUGAGUAAUGAGGGAAGUGUUGCCAAAAAUACCCAAAUGGCCGAACAGUUUGCGAAUUAUAUCCGAGUUUCGUGUUCUGAGUUAGAAAUGUCACCCGAAUUGGUCUCUGACACUAAGUUUCUGUCGAUUUGUGCUCUUUUUGUGAUCUAUAUCUGGAUUUUUAAGAGAGAAGACAAACGAUUGUAUAAAACAGUGACCGAUUGUCAGAGAAAAAUCUGUGUCUAUUUGUGUCACUUAAAGGGCAACUGUUCUGUAAUUCCAGAUAAAUUUCUGGCUAAUAAUUUACCAAGGUCCAUGUUUGAUAAGAAACUAAUGGACAGCUUUAGUGCUUCGCGUGAACUCAUUUUGAAGCAAAACUUUGACAAAGAAGUGAAACAAUUGAACCUCAAAGUGACCAAUUGGUUGGUGCGCUUUGAACAGGACAUCAGUGACACCACUGAUCUCAAUACUAAUCUCAUCGAUAUAUUAGCAAAACAACAGAAAGUGAUAGAAGAAGGUCUGGAAAAUGCCAAAAUGAUAACCACUCUCAUCAAGGACUGCAUUGCACUGCAUCUGCAAAGCGGGCGUCCGAUGGCUAAACAUGACUUACUGGCCAUUUGUAAAGCUAUUUGUAUCCUUAAAGGCAUUCAAUUGGCAUUCCAUCACAAGAAAGGUGUUUUGAUUCCCAUUAUCGGCCAUUUGGCUCAAUAUAACUGCUGUGUUGUCCUCAAAAUGUUGAGUAACACUAAAACCAAAAUCAUAGCCGACGUGAAGAAAUAUUCGGAGAAAAAGUUGGAUCUCCUGUCGGCUGUGAUUCUGGCCUCCAAUUGUCUAAACGGUCCGAUUCUCACGAAUCCGCGAAGAAUAUUGACGUCUAUUUGUUUGUCUAUUAUCUCAACGGCGCUGAGCGCUGAAGAUAUCGCCAAACUAUUGAUGUUAACGAGAAAACUAGAAUUAUUCACAAAAAUUCACGCAUUGGUCGACAUUCGCACGAAUUGUGAGUUUCUAUACUUUAAUCGCGCGGUUCUCGGCAUUUAUUUCAACAACUUCUUCGAGAGUGAGUCGAGUAAUGUUCAUGAGUUGAGACACUUCUUCAGCGCUUUGUCCGAUUCGUUCACUUUUAUUAAUAAAUGCAAAGACGACGAGAAGAGAGAGCUUUUGACCAAACAGUUUGAAACGGAAACGUAUGAACAGUUCAAAAGUGACUUUUUAGACAGAAUUUGUACGGAAUUUGAAACUGAAUUAAGACUUCAAGUCCACUCAGAUCUACAACUUGACGAUCAAAGUCCGUUCAAAAGACAUUUGCAUGACUUCAGCGCACUGUUAACCUCAGAACCGAUUCGUUUCAAUGAUAGGUUGAUAUCUAUCAAGAGUUAUGUCGAGGAAUACCUGAACGAAAUGGCAUACAAUCUGACGACUAUAGCACUACACGACUGGAAAACAUACGAAUCGAUGUUGAAUUUGGCGAAAACCAAGUAUGGCUUGGAGUUCGUGAGGUCUCAACUGCCGACCCAGACAUUAGAACAGGGAUUGGAUGUGUUGGAGAUCACCCGCAAUAUUCAUGUAUUUGUUUCGAGAUAUUUAUAUAAUUUAAAUAAUCAGAUGUUUAUCGAGAAGUCAUCGAAUAAUAAACAUUUAAAUGUAUUGCUUAUAAGACAUGUGGCAAACUCUAUACAAACCCACGGCUUUGGUAUUAUCAACACUACAGUGAACUUCACGUAUCAGUUCCUACGCAAGAAAUUCUAUAUAUUCUCGCAAUUCCUAUAUGAAGAGCACAUAAAGUCGCGACUCAUUAAGGAUUUGAGAUAUUUUCGAGAAUCAGAAGCCAAUAAGUUUCCCUUUGAAAGGGCAGAGAAGUUAUGCAAAGGAAUUCGCAAAUUAGGACUCACUGCUGAUGGCAUGUCAUACUUGGACCAAUUUAGACAAUUGAUUAGUCAAAUCGGGAAUGUCUUGGGAUUCGUGCGGAUGUUGAGGAGUGGAGCCCUUCACUGCAGUUCCAAUUCCGUGAACUUUGUGCCAGAUUUGGAUGAUUUGACUGAAGUGUCAUUCGAGACGAUGACAAGCGAUGAGAGUCUGAGCGCCGACACAGUGACCGCCGGCCAGAACUUGGACUCAAUUCUGUCCACUUUGAACCGAAACUUCACAGAAUCGACCGAUUAUUUCAAACUAUUGGUCGACGUGUUUGCGCAGACAUUUCGGGACUCCAAGAACUAUCACCUGAAGAACUUUUAUGCAAUACUUCCGGCGACGACCUAUAACUUUGUCGAGCACUUGAUUAUCAGCAAAGAGAAGAUGACCCGCAAGAACAAAGUGGGCGCCGCCUUCACGGACGACGGCUUCGCUAUGGGCGUCGCCUAUAUCCUCAAACUCCUCAAUCAGUUCAAUGAUUUCGAUUCACUUCAUUGGUUUAGUUCUGUGUCCGAGAAAAUCAAGACAGAGAUCAAUGAAGCCAACCGUCAGAGCGCUCUCAACGCCAACAGUGACGUCAAGUUAACACAAACCACGAGUUUAACGAUCAAGAGAUUAGAGAACCUCCAGAAGGAGUUCCACCUCUUGGAGUACAGUCUCACCAGUUCUCGCAUUCUAUUCAAAGCCACUCCAGAAUCAGUCAAUUAA